CUACGUGUGUAUAUAUAUAUCGUUUCAAACAAACUAUUGUUCAAAUACCUAUCCGAAAUUAUAACAUUUUAUUAUGACAAUCUGUCCGUUGUUUGCUCAGAAACUUGACUACUGCUCUGGCAACAGACACGGAUCAUUAGGAGGGAUUUGCUAUACACGCUAUGAAAUUUUACUAUGAUUGUACUUUUCCAACGGUGUUGAUAACGAUGGUGCAGUUGACCACACUGGUUGUCGCUAAGCCAGCUUCAGUGCCCACUUCCGUUGAUUCUGACCAGCAAAUUCAUUUACAGCGACUUGAACUUUUUAAGCAAAAAAUUCUCGAUGGUUUGCAGUAUAAAAGUGCGCCUAGAGUGACUGCAUUUAAUGAAACAAUAGCAGAGAAAAGGAAGUUAAUACAAAUGUAUAGGAAUUAUAUGCGAAAAAAGGACAGGAAAUAUCACGAGGAGUCUGAGCCUAUUCCUGGCACCACUAAAAUGUACCGUUAUUCAAUUAAGCCAGAAAACAAAAAAGCUGAAAAGAGAAGAGUGAGAAUCUUCAUUCAACCGGACGUCACCCAUUCUGACGACCACAUGACAGAAAUAGCUGUAUCUAGUGCAAAACUGAAACUUUUUAAGCAUUCUUCAUUGACUUCCAUACCUACAACUGAAGUUGAACUAAAUAUUUUCAGCAAUAAUCAAGUUUUGGAAACAUUACUGGAAUCUAGAACUAUUGACGUGAGUAGAGACGGCUGGGAAAUUUUCGACAUUACAAAGAUUGUUCAAGACUGGAUAGAUGAUCCAGAAUUAAACAACGGAGUAGAAAUUUAUGCAGAUGGCCUCGACACUGGUCAAUUAGUUUUCCCUUCUCUAGACUUUACAGAAAAGAAGAGCUCAAAAUUCAAUACAUUUACAAAAGACAAUAUUGUUGUUCCAAUUCUAGAAAUAAAAACGCACGAACGUUCAAUAUUAAAACGGGUCAAACGGCGAAAUAAUUUAGAAAGAAGAGACUGCGUCAAAGGAGACGGAGAAAGUAGGUGCUGUCGCUUCACGACGACCAUAGCUUUCAGUGACUUGCACUGGGACGAUUGGAUAAUCGCACCACCCGAAUAUGAAGCCCACUACUGUGAUGGGAGUUGUCCGGAUCGCUUCAAAAUGGCAAACACAUUCGCAGGAAUACAGGCAAGACUGCAUACUUUAUAUCCAAACAAAUUCCCUAAGCCAUGUUGCGUUCCAUCAAAGCUCAGUCCACUCACAAUUCUUCAUAAGGACAGUGAUGGGAAAUAUCAGUUCACGGAUUACCCGGACAUGAUUGUAGAGGACUGCAAGUGUGCGUGACACGAACUUGACGCUUAUUUAUCAAUUUAUCCUUUUGUGUUCAAAAAGUAAGCGAAAAAAACGCACCUCAUUUUUCACAGAUGUGCAUCAGAAUUGCUGCUCAACUGAAUUGUUUGAACUAUGAAUAAAAACGCCAGUUACUGCAAGCUCGCUCGUACAAAGAGCACUGAAUUUAGCCAUUUGAGAAUUACAAACUUAGAAUUGCAAAGACAAAAAUCUACUCAAUGCUUUUUUUUUAUUUUGUUAAUCUGCUCGUUUUUUUAAGUUCCUAUUGGUUACAUGUAUGUAGUCUCGUGACAAUGCAAGCACACCCAGAAGCAACGAUCCUUCUUUGUUGGAAGGUUUUUUUUUUUAACAAGCCGCUUGUCAGCGGUUCUUCGUUUACUUCUUUUGCAAAUGUAGUUCUUAUUGUGUUCAAAAGUUUUACGAUCUGUCCACUUUGCUGCGCCUUUGGAGCAGUACCACUUUGCAUAAAGUGGACAAUCUUCGGAGAAUGUGAAAAGAAUCUCAUACACACCGUAUCUGUGAUGAAGAUGUGCUUGUAUUUAUAUGUGUAAAUGCUAAAUGAAUGCUAAUUGUACGUUCAGUUGUUAACUUAUUAAAAUCGUUAUUGUUA